UUUCACUCUCACUACUCUGAAAAACUCUUCUCUCAAAAUCAUGUGCCCAACUAAGCACAAACACCGGAGCUCCGGCGCCGAAAUCGCCGGCCGAAGCUCCAGUUCCGACGAAUCCACCACCGGAGCUACCGAUUGGAUGACGGAUUCGAUCAAUGGCGGAUCUCUACGUAACGUUGACCUUCACACCGGCAUCAACGGCUGGGCUUCACCACCAGGUAACCUCUUCUCACUCAGAGCCAAGAAUUACCUUACAAAACGACAAAAAUCUCCGGCCGGCGAUUAUCUACUAUCUCCGAUCGGCAUGGACUGGCUCAAAUCCAGUACUAAACUCGAUAACGUACUUGGUCGGUCCGAUAAUCGCGUGGCGAACGCGCUCCGGAGAUCUCAAGGUCAAGGAAAAUCUCUAAAGAGCUUCAUCUUUGCCGUGAAUCUCCAAGUUCCUGGUAAGGACCAGCAUAGCGCCGUGUUCUACUUCGCCACAGACGAUCCUAUCCCUCCCGGUUCGCUCCUAUACCGAUUCGUCAACGGCGACGAUGCGUUUCGAAACCAACGGUUCAAGAUCGUGAAUAGGAUCGUGAAAGGUCCGUGGAUCGUGAAGAAGACGGUGGGGAAUUACAGCGCUUGUUUAUUAGGUAAGGCAUUGAACUGUAAUUACCACAGAGGACCGAACUAUCUGGAGAUCGACGUCGAUAUCGGAAGCUCCGCCAUAGCCAGCGCGAUUCUCCACCUCGCGCUGGGGUACGUUACGAGCGUUACAAUCGACAUGGGGUUUCUGGUGGAGGCGCAGACCGAGGAAGAGUUGCCGGAGAGAUUAGUUGGUGCGGUGAGGGUUUGCCAGAUGGAGAUGUCGUCAGCCGCUGUGGUCGACGCGCCUCACGCGCCGAGUGUGGUGCGUGGUUUUGCGAAGGUGAAUCAUCAUAGGUCGGGCGACGGUAACUACGACGAUGAAUAAUAGAACCUUUUAAUUAAUUAAUAAAUUAAUUAAUUAGAUAUUUUUAAUCCGUUUUCUUUUUAAAAUUAUUUAUUUUAAUUUUCUGCUUUUUUGUAAUUGUGAUUUAAGAAUCCCUUUAAUAAUGGGCUUACUUGGA